UGGGGCGAUGGUUGUUGUGGAGAAUCGAAAGAAGGUGAUAUCGGGCAUAAGAAACGGGAUGAAUUUGGUAGAAAAAAGAGGGUUCUUCAGAAACUUCAUUCGUGUUUUAAGGGAUCGGAGGAAAAUCUUGCAGCCAAAAUGGAUUCAGUGUCGGAUUUAGAGAUGUAUUAUCUAACCUCGAUGUAUUAUCUGUUUCCAUUCGAUAAACCUUCGAGCCCGUCUCAAUCGUUUAACACGAGUAGAUCGGUUUGGGUUUCCGAUAGCAGAAGCUGUGAAGAACAUUAUCAAUCGAGAGCCUUUUUAGCGAAAUUGGCUCGAUUUCAGACGCUGGUUUUGGUUCCGGUUAAAAGGGGAGUUUUGGAGCUUGGUUCUUUUAAAUCGAUCCUGGAAGAACAGAGUUUAGUUGCAAUGGUGAAAACUUUGUUUAAUGGAUGUCAUCCGAAAGUAUUAUCGAAGAUUUUUGGCCAUGAACUGAGUCUGGGCGGUGGCGGUGCAAAAUCAUCGAGAAUCAGGGUGGGGGAGGGGCUGUGA